CGCGGGAGGGGUGUGGGGAGAGAGCGAGAGAGAGAGCGAGCGAACGCGCGCGCGCGAGGCGGUUGGUGACGUUGGCCAACUGUCAUUCGGAGAGGCUUCAGGCGGCGGCGGCGGAAAAUCUAAAUUGCAAACUGCUGCAUUCUUUAGACUUUCAGCUUAUAAAUUGGGAAGGAUCAUUAUUUUGUUUGUACCGAGCUUCAUCCCUCUGAUCUUUGUGGAUAAAGUUAUGUCAACAGCUGCACUAAUCACCUUAUGCAGAUAUGGUGGUUCUCAAGUGAGAAGAAGAGCAUUGCUGACUUCAAGGCUGCUUCAGGACGACAAGCGUGUGGUAUUUAUCUACCACAGUUCCACCAGUGAUCGCAGGGCUUCACGUUUUGACGUAGAAGGUGGUGGUCGUCAAACAACCUGGGAUUCUUUUGGCAUCUGGGACAACCGCAUUGAUGAGCCAAUUCUACUUCCACCAAGCAUAAAAUAUGGCAAACCGAUUCCAAACGUUAGCUUGAGUAACGUUGGAUGCACUACUCAGAUUGGUCAGCGGAAAGAGAAUGAGGACCGUUUCAGAGUUGGAGUGCUGACUGAGAACGUCCUGUAUUUUGCAGUGUAUGAUGGACAUGGUGGACCAGCAGCAGCAGAUUUUUGUGAUAAGCACAUGGCAAAGUACAUUGUACAAUGUCUCUCACAAGAGGAGAAUCUGGAAAAGGUGCUGACCAAAGCUUUUUGUGAGAUAGACAAGGAAUUUGCAAGACAUGUCCACUUAUCUGCAAAUGUUUCCAUCCUGACAUCGGGAACGACUGCCACUGUGGCUCUGUUACGUGAUGGCAUUGAACUUGUUGUGGCAAGUGUAGGUGACAGCCGGGCUAUUCUUUGUCGAAAAGGAAAGCCUGAGCGAUUGACUGAAGACCACACUCCAGAAAGAAAAGAUGAAAGGGAGAGAAUUAAGAAAUGUGGCGGUUUUGUUGCCUGGAACAGUCUAGGUCAACCACAUGUAAAUGGGAGAUUGGCUAUGACCCGCAGUAUAGGCGAUCUGGCCUUAAAGUCUGUGGGAGUCAUUGCUGAGCCAGAGACUAAACGGAUUAAGGUACAGCAUGGAGAUGAUGCUUUCCUGGUUUUGACGACGGAUGGGAUUAACUUUAUUAUGAACAGUCAAGAGAUUUGCGACCACAUCAGUCAGUGUCAUGAUCCAAUAGAGGCUGCUCAGCUUAUUACUGAACAGGCCUUGCAGUACGGUACAGAGGACAACACCACUCUUAUUGUGGUUCCAUUUGGUGCAUGGGGGAAACACAAGAAUUCUGACAUCUGUUUCUCAUUCAGCCGAAGCUUUGUCUCAAGUGGAAGAUGGGCAUAAUGUUGUGAAUAUAAAUGGGCAAUAGUCUAUAUGCUAAUCACUGGUCAAUAGAACACAAAACUGGAAAGCAAAAUAGGCUGGUAAAAGAUAUAUUUACAGUAAACAAUAUUUUCAUAUGGUGAACAUUUGUUCUGUUAGAAGUUGUAAUGUGAAUUAAAAAGGCAGCUAGCCAGCAUUUUUGUUGCUAUGUCCUUUUAAGAAAGGAUUUAAUAACUACCAAUACAUGGAAGAGGCAAAAGGAAUUUUAGAUUCACCAUACUGCUCACUACCAUAGAAGCUAAUUGAUGUUGCUAUGUAAUUGCAGUAUAUUCUGUGAAGCGCUUUACCUAGAUAGACAAAAUCUCUUAACAUUGUAAAAACUCUUAAUGUUGCAUCAAAUAUGAUUUGAGCUUCAAGUAACAAUGAUUGUAUAGUGUUAGAAUUGUUAGCUUGGUACAACAAUGCAAAGAUACUAUGAUCAAUUCUAUUUUUUUUAGUUCUGGCAGUGCUUCUGUUAUGUAUAUGACCCAAAUGAGCGUGGAUUUGCUUUGAGAGACACGCCUGAAAAUGGCUUUCAGGUCUUUCAGGUCAUCAGUCCACCACUGCCAUCCUUUGUUACCCAUUGCAUGUUAUUUGCAGGAAGUGUCGCUGAGGUUAGUUUCUGCUUGUUGCACCUACAUUAUUUAAAUAACAAUAAUCCUUGCAUUUGAUAUGGCGCUUUUCAUGGCUUCUAGACAUCUCAAUUCAUAUGUCGUAAUAUGAAUUUCAAUUUAUAUUACGGUAAUCUUCAUUACGGAUCACAUUUGUGCCAUUUCAGCUGAAAUCUAGGAUGUGAAAUUCCUUUGAAAAUGACUGGGACAAAUCACUGCACUUAGUAGUAUAACGGCACUGACAUGACGUGAAUAUCCUUUUAGCAAAGAUCAGAAUUUAGAGGGUGUGGAAUUUCUUCCCAAGUUCCUAAUAUAUAAUGUAAUUAAGAGUGCUGUCUCUGUAUCUUUUACCCCAAAUGUAUUGGACAGUCAACUCCCGUCAAAUCUGUCUAAUUCUCUUUAAAUGAAAAAAGCUAUGACAGAUUCUCGUUGAACCAUCUGUUGGUAGGACAUUCCAAAUUCUGUCAAUCUCCCGAAAAAUAAUCUUAACUUCUUCCUAUUUUGGUGGUGAUCUUCAAUUUAUAUUCUUGUUACUUCCUCACAGACAAGUGGAUUUAUCUUAUCAAACCUCAUAUUUUUCAACACUUGUGUGGAGAGCACAAAACUGCAAACAGUAUUGUAACUGAAGCUUAACAUAUGAUUUGUAUUGUUUAACCUUGCCUCUUUGUUUAUUAUUAUUAUUAUUUGUUUUGCAUUCUUUUGCUAUUACCAUUUUGUUUAUAACUUUGACUACUAGUCCUUGCCAUGUCAUCUGAUUUCACUCCACUGUGGCCCACCUUACAGAAAAUGAAGAUCUUUCAAGGAAACAUGAAAAUUGUUUUAACCCCAGGGGGUUUUUUUUAGUCAUAAGAGGGAAAAAAUUGGGGAUCCUGUAGAGUAUUGGUUAGAGCAAUCGCCUCUGAAGCAGGAAGUCCUGGCUUUGAUCCCCGGCCAGGGUGAAACGUUAAGCAAGUUCCCUUACUCCAAAUGUCUCUGUUUACCUAGCAGUAAGUAGGAACCCAGUUGUUAGUUAAUUGGCAGAUUGCUUUCAGGGGGUAAUAAUCCCAUCAAAAAUAAAUUACUACCAAUAAUUUGUUCACUUAAUCUACAACUGUUUUUGGGACACUGCUGCUUUCGUUGUGUGUUUUGCUCACAAAAUAUACAAUCAAUCCACUUACAGAAUUAUAAAGCGCUUGAGAUCUCUCAACAACAUGAUAAGGCACUAUAUCAAUUGCAAGGAUUAUUAUGAAAUUUGGGAGGAGAGAAUUUAACCCAAAAUGAUAAAAUCAGGAAUCCUUUUGGAACAUUCACUUAACACAAUCAUUUCGAACCAAACCUGGUUCAAUGCUGGUCUUGCAAUACCUGUGCGUUCCCAAACCCACCAGCAUUACAGUGAAGCUAGUGUUCGGAUAUCUGCAUUGCUAGAAUCAGCUUUCACAGCUUGACUGGAACCAGUGCUGCAGCCAGGCAGGUUUCAGGAUACAGGUGCACAAGUGCAGAUUUAGAUUUUAACAAUUUAAUUCAGCCAAAAUAUCAUUUUAUGCUAGUUGUCUUUCAUUGGGGAAAAAAGUGAAUUAAUCAGUGGAAAUCUAUUAAUCGCUCUUAAUUAUUCAUUACAUUUGUGUACAUUUAC